CCCGGAAUGCACGCGCGCCGGUUGGUAACUACCUACCUCCCUCCCGCUCUCCACGUGGCGCCGGCUCUAAUCCAGGCCCAGGCUCCGCGGCCUAGCCCCGCCACAUGACGGACACCGCGCUCAGCCAAUCAGCGACCGGGGCGGGACAUUCGGACCGAUAUCCGGUCAAACGGUCGCAGAUUUCUCCUCAUUUCAAAGAUGCGGCAACGUCAACGAGCUUUCAUACACCCAGAAGAUAGAUCCUCUUGAAUAUUUUGGGAAGUUGUUUAGAUUGGGACUUCCUGGUCCCGCUGACAGAAUUCUGGAGAAUGGACUCAAGGGACACGUGUGAUGGAGCUGAGAAUCCGAAGAGUUCAUCAGAGGCCGAGAGCUGUGAUUCUGUGAUGGUGUGGAAUUUGGAGGAGGCUGUGCAGAAGCAAGUACUGCAGAUUGCAUCGAGUGCGUGUGGUGCAACUGCAGUCCUUAAUGCCCUGCAGGCUCUGGGAUUUGACGUUUGCUCUGAUGUUGUAGAGAAGUGUGUCCAGACCAGGAUGCGGAAGAACGAUGCACCCCUGAUUGAAUAUUUAAUAUCACGAAGUGUUGCAGGUGCCACCCAUCAGCAGCUGAUAGAGGGUGCAGAGAAGGCAAGUGAAGGAAGGGUUACAGGGAGAUUUUUCAGCUUUUACCCUGAACGAAAUGUAGAUCUGACCACUUGGCUGGCCAGCUGGAUGAAGAAAGGAGCUGUUGCUGUAGCAACCAUGAACAUGCAAAUUGCUGUGCCGGAGGGUGAAGGAAUUCCAGAUGCUUGGCAUCAUCAGAUGAUCUUUGGAGUGGACUCUGAAGGGAUUUACAUGACCAAUCCAUUAGAAAUAGAACGAAGCAGCCUUGUUAAGCAACGCCUAUGCAGUGAAUCGCAGCUGCUGAUUCGGAAGCAGGAUAUCAUGAGUCGGUUGGCGGGGGACCCAGACUUCUCUUUGCUUAAGGAGACCGUGGACUGUUCCAAGUGGGAGGAGCUGGAUGUUGUAGGGCAGAUUAAUCGGAUGGUUUCUGGAGAUAUUGCUCCAGACGAUGUUUCUCACUUGUCCUAUGUGGUCAUUCCUGCUGCGUACAGGUCAGGAGUCACACUGUUUGCCUGGAGACAUUCGGACCUGACCAAGGAGCUUUUAUUAACACCUGAUCUACCUUUGUUAAAUAACCAGCAGUCUUGACAAUUUCAAGAGUGAAUUGAACUUAGUCAACUUUAUCAAAACCUCAAGAGCCUGAGAACUUAUCAAAACCACCAAAUGAUCUCUUCAGUACAAAUGAUGCAAGGCCAGAGAAAGAAAAAACAUGAGCUCGAGGCUCCUUAUCCUGAGCAGUGUGCUCGUGCCUAAGAGGCACUGUACGAGUUUGAGAAGUAGGUGAGUCUGUGGUUGCAUGCCGGUCACUGUCGGUGCUCUGUAAAUCAAGUGGGCUGAAGUUUGCAGUAGUUAGUGAUCCUCCUUUCACCUUGCUUGCAGUUCCCCGCCAGCUCCUCAUCCUCUGUCUCAGCCUGCUUUUUGCUUUCUCGAAGGUUUAAUUAUUCUUGUUGCGCUUCCUUUUUUUCCCCAAGUCUGAUGUGGGUGGCGCAGUGUUUGAACUGGACAUUGUACCCCAGGGAUCCCUGCACAGUAAUCAAGCAGGAACCCUGGCUGACACCACCUAAUCUAGUCCAGGGUCCUAAGGGUAACUGUCCUUUGCUGAGAUUAGUUAAUUGAGCACCUAUUUGACUUCAAGCCCAUGCUGAUGAACUGGGAGAGCUUUGAUACAGAAACAAAGAUGAGUUAAUGCUGACGAAGCACAAAACCCAGAGCCUCCCUCUUGUGCUGUUACAUGUACUGUUUUGCCAAGAGAAUUUAAUUAGUUAAAUAAUUCAGGACUUUUUUUCUGGAAUGCUAACUUAAAUUCUAAAGCGUUUUUUUGUUGAAGUAUUUUAAAUGUUAAUUCCAUGUAGCACAGCUUCUGUAGUUCCAACAGCCUUGCUACCAAGGAUCUGUGUGGGAGGGAUGGCCUACUCUCAAACAGCAUUAACGGUUUUCAAUUUGAGCAAGAACGUGUAUAAAAUUUAUUUUAUUCAGAGUUUGAGCUGACUGGGUGACACGUUGUGUGGUUAUGUUCUAUAAUCUUUAAGGUCUUUGUAAUACAUUUUCUUGAUUAAAUGUGUUCAUAUUUUGAAAAA